AUGUCUGCGUCUCUGAUUUUGUCGUGUUGCCUUGUCACUGUCUGGCGUUCACAAUCAUCGGAUGUUAAAGCGAAUCACGUGGCCGAUCAUUCUAGAAAAACAUUCCGACCGUCUGCAUUCGACGAAUCGUUCGAUGCUCUUUUUCCUGAUAUGCAGCCAAAGCCGAUCGAUAAAGGUGAAGUGUCCGAGCCACUGCAGAAGUUCACUAGCAACUUUCUGUCUUCAGCCAGAGAUGUACUGGAGCAUGAAGAGGACGAGAAUGUUUUCAAAUCACUUUGGUACGAUCCCAGCUACAAAGUGCACGACUUGUGUGAGAAAUCCAAUUCCGGUAGUCAGACCAGCGAGUUAGUAUGGACGGAACCUGGAGAUCGCUUGUUGAAAGUGAUCGGCAACGGUGUAGUGAAAGAUGGUUACAAUAUGUUUCUGGUACCCGGUCAAGUACACGGUCGUCGAACUGAUGUCCAUGUUGCUAUAUACAUCGAAUCCAUGUCAUCCUUUAAAGCCCAGACAAUGGAUUUCGAAGUGGACAUGUAUUUGGCGAUGGGAUGGUUCGACAGACGUUUAGCACAUAAUUGCACCCAUCCUAUCCUGGUUACUAGUAAGGUAAUUGCUGAUCGAAUGUGGCAUCCCGAUCUUUAUUUUGUUAACUCCAAAUUUGCUUACUUACAAGAAGUCACCACUCCAAAUUUGAUGCAGCUUGUGAAUUUGACAUGGCAUGUCGCUCCACCGUAUUUUCCGAUCGGAUCCAAUGAGGAGAUCAAGUUGAACGAUAUGGCGAUCACUCGUACUCGUUACGAAAAAUGUGCUGGACCGUAUCCGAUGUUCCGUGGAUCAGCGUACUGGAGUUGUCUGCGGGCGUACAUCGUCAUGAAGCGGCUUGUACUCUUUCACAUCAUCCAGACCUACAUUCCUACAGGGAUGUUAGUAUCGAUUUCGUGGAUGUCUUUCUGGCUGGAUCCGCGAGCUUCGCCAGCCCGCAUUUCGUUGACAAUCACCAGCUUGCUCACUCUCACAACAAUGAGUAACGGUGCUCGGCAGGAUCUACCUCAGGUGUCGUAUAUUAAAGCGUUGGAUAUCUGGUUGACUUUCUCACAGGCGUUGAUUUUUCUUGUGUUGUUAGAGUAUUCGUUUGUGAGUUUUUACAUCACGAAACGGGUGUUUGACUGUGAACAUCGCACUUCCUACAUCCCAUCGCCAAGCAACUCAGAUAGUAACCACAUGGAUGACGAGCUGAUUCCAGAUGAGGAAGUGAGUGAUUCCUAUGUUUGCUGA